UCGGUGGCCUCUGCUGCGGUCGUGGGACACGUCGAGCCGGGCAGUAGUGGCGGGGGCUUGGGAGAAGUCCAGACCGGGUGAGGGGAUCCAGUUCGGAGAGGAAGGCACGGGCGGCGGAGCUCGUCCUGGAAAGACUUUUCCGCUGACUGACAUCUUUUUCUGGAAAACUGGAUCCUUCCGAACAUAUGGGGAUGAACCACAUGGGGAUGAACCAUAUGGGGAUGACCCACAUGGACAGCAACAGUACCAUGCCACCUCACCAUCACCCAACCACCUCGGCCUCACACGUCCACGGUGACGGCAUGAUGAUGAAUAUGACCUUCUACUUUGGCUUUAAGAAUGUGGAACUCUUGUUCUCUGGUUUGGUAAUCAACACACCUGGAGAGAUGGCUGGAGCUUUCGUAGCCGUGUUUUUACUAGCAAUGUUUUAUGAAGGACUCAAGAUCGCCAGAGAAGGUCUGCUGCGUAAGUCUCAAGUCAGCAUUCGCUACAAUUCCAUGCCUGUCCCAGGACCAAACGGAACCAUCCUUAUGGAGACACACAAAACUGUUGGGCAGCAGAUGCUGAGCUUCCCCCACCUCCUGCAGACAGUGCUGCACAUUAUCCAGGUGGUCAUCAGCUACUUCCUCAUGCUCAUCUUCAUGACCUACAAUGGGUACCUAUGCAUCGCAGUAGCAGCAGGGGCAGGGACAGGAUACUUUCUCUUCAGCUGGAAGAAGGCAGUGGUGGUGGACAUCACAGAGCAUUGCCAUUAACAUCAGACUCCACGUGUGGCCUUAGCGAUUGCUGUGGGAGCAUCUUGGGACCGAAAGAUAUGAUUCCCUCUCCAAUCAUCCCUCUCUCUCCUGUCUCUAUGCACACACACUUACUGAAUAGAGGCUUAGUUGACUGUCUCUGAGUAGUGGUUCUUCUAAUAAGAUGAAAUUGACAUUUCUCUUGAGAAGUCACCUGCGGGAUGUCUUCUCCCUCAUAAUCCUGAGCCUUGUCUAAUCCAGGUAGCUUCCUAGUUAAUGACUUGGUUAUCUGCUUUUUUUUUUUUCUGUUUUGGGGGUUUUGUGUAUUUUUGUUUUAAAUAGAUAAUGUGUGGGUGGAAUUCUGUGUCAGUGAUAGAAAAGGAUUGAUGGUAAUUAGGGACAUCUCACCCAACUUGGGACUUCAGUUUCAUACUAGAAAAUAAUCUCAGCUUAAUUCAGUGAGUGGGAACACAUAGUGCCUUUCUCUAGGUGUGAUGUGUUAACCAAAGUACUGGUAGAGUGUGGAGAGUGGUCAGGGGCUACAGGCAGCGAGUUUGUGGAGUAGGUAUUCUUGCUCUUUCAUCAACUGUGUUUCCACAUAACACUUUGAUUAGAAAUGAACUUACCAAUCAAAACAAAAACAGAACAAUCAAUUUGAGACUAUAGAAAUAGAGAUUGUUAAAUAAAACCAUUGGCAUUUUCCUUUGACUCAGACAUUGAUUUGUCCCAAAUGAACAAAGCAAAACUUUGUAAUUUUUUCCUAUUAUUGUGUGUUUUCCUCGAAACAAAUGAUUUUCAAACUUUAGAAUGUUUCAGAGUUACCCAGAAGGCUUCUUGUUAAAACAAUACUUGGUGGACCUCAAUCCUAGUGCUACCAAAUUUGGCAUUUCUAAGUUUCUAAGUGAUGUUUCUGAUGACAGUCUAGAGGAUUGCCCUAAGUUGGCAUUAAAAUAGCAAAGCUGUACCUGGAAGGGACAGAGGAUGGGGCUACCUGGUAUCCAGCAUGAGAAUCUGAACUGCUGGUUGGUAGGUGGUAUGUCUUGGGCAUGUGUCACACCUAAAUGCUGCUGGCUAAUACUUAGUCAUUCCACAAACUUUUAUUUAGCUCCAGACACACUUUCUGUGUGCUCACAACACACUCGUGUGGACUAUAGCCAGAGUGCACACAUGUAUACAAAGUCUCAAUCCUUUAUGUGCUCACAACACACUCGUGUGGACUAUAGCCAGAGUGCACACGUGUAUACAAAGUCUCUAGUCCUUUCUGUGUGCUCACAACACACUCGUGUGGACUAUAGCCAGAGUGCACACAUGUAUACAAAGUCUCUAGUCCUUUAUGUGUGCUCACAACACACUUGCAUAGAUCACGGUGGCCAAAACCCCUUUUCUCAAUAAAUCCCACUGCAUGUUCUGUCAAUCAUUAGUCUGCAGGCUUGUUCCCAAACUACCUCUUCAAAGUGAUUCUUCCUAUGCUAGUCUGUUAUGCCCUGCCCUCUUUGGUGCUAGAUCCAGUUGUGCCUCGGAGCAGAAGAAACAAACCUGCUAUCUUGUUGGCCCAGUAUUGUGAUUCUGAAGUUUGUACUUUCUCUCUACGGGUGCCAAUUAAACAUCGGAGAACAAGGAAUAUAUACUUUGGUGGCUUUGAACCAAGAAAGGGUUAUAAGCCUACUGGAUGAAGGCUAAAAAAAUCUAAGAAAUUAACUUUAGAGCUUUGCUUUUCUCUUAGUUCAGUCUUGCACAGUGAAUGACAGGUACUGACAGAGCCCAACUUUACAGUGCAAAUCGCCUGUUGUUAUCUCAGAAGCCAAGGGAUAAUAAACCCAGGGCAAGACAGAAACCACAUAGUAGUGACCCUGGUGCUUUCUAGAGAUCUCCAGAUAAGCUGCCAUAAAACACCUUCCAGGGGCUGAGAUGCAGCUCAGAUAUGGAUCACUUCUCUAGCAUAAGUCAGGUUAAACAUAGCCUUGUUUAACCCCAAAAAUCCUAAAAAUAAAGCAUACACUAAGAGAAACAGGACCUUAUCAGUGAGGUGAGAAGAACCAAGGCCAGUUAGGACAAGGUGCUAUGAGUCUGAAACCAAGAGAAACCUCACUCUGACAUGGUUCUUCAGGGGAGAUUCAGGUUAGAAGCAGUCUACUACAAAACCUGCACUUGAGAUCCCAGACUAGGUUCUAGAGGGUGUGGUUAGUACAGGAAGAGGUAAAGCUUAAAUCAUAUGCUCUUGAACUUUAAUGCCCAGCUCCUAUGUGUCUGGAUUUCUUUAGCACCUGCCUACUUUUCCCUUUCUGUCUUUAUCCCAGGCAGCUUAGUUUUUAAAUCUGUUUCCGGUGGUGCACGCCUUUAAUCCCAGCACUCGGGAGGCAGAGGCAGGCGGAUCUCUGUGAGUUCAAGACCAGCCUGGUCUAGAGAGCUAGUUCCAGGACAGGCUCCAAAGCCACAGAGAAACCCUGUCUUGAAAAACAAAACAAAACAACAACAACAACAACAAAAAUCUGCUUCCUGAUGCAGUAGACAUUCAAUGCUGUGGUUACAUUUAUCAUACCAAUUAGAAGUUGGUAUUUACAAACCAGGUAGAGGUCUUAAGUUUGCUUCAAGAAGCAGUCGCCCUAGCCGGGCGGUGGUGGCGCACGCCUUUAAUCCCAGCACUCGGGAGGCGGGCGAAUCUCUGUGAGUUCGAGGCCAGCCUGGUCUACAAAGAGCUAGUUCCAGGACAGGAACCAAAAAGCUACAGAGAAACCCUGUCUCGAAAAAUAAAAAUAAAAAAUAAAUAAAAAAUAAAAAAAAAAAGAAGCAGUCGCCCCAUUAGAAUUUCUAUAAA